AUGAAACUCUACCAUAGAAUGGAAGGACCCCUUGCCCGCGAGCCUAACUUGUACACAAACUUCCAAACUUAUAGCGAUGUAGCUACCACAACUAAAACCACAAGUGAGGCCUACUCCCUUACCCAAACACCACUUGGCAUACCGCACUGUCCAACCGCCACGACCAGCCCAGAAGGCAACCAAUAUUCCAAAAAACUAGAGCCCCUCAGCGAGGAAGAAGUCACCCGCUACUUUCCUAUCUUCAAGCGGUUAGUCAAUAUGAAUAAAGUAGCUGGGGAUUUACACGAAGGUCGCCUUUGGAGGCACAGUAACAAAACCGGAAGUUGCAGUCGCGAGCAGCUCAUGAAGUCCAAAAUAAGGAAGGUAGUAAGACAGCUUCAUUUCCUGAAUACCCAAUUCAACCUCGAGUUCCACCUACUGGCAGCUUGUUGGAAUCCAGCAGCCUCCACUAGCAAUGCUCUGUUCCAGGACAAACAUACAUCAUGUGAACAAUGGGUUCAUCUACAAAAGAAGACACAUCUUUUGGAGCGGUUUACCUUUGAGUCAACCAAAGCACCACACCACCUAAGACCAAAACAAGACCAGCCCAGACUUAUGUCCGAGGCUGCUGCCAGGCAAGCGGCUCAACGAGCUGAGCUUGCGCAAGCACUCAACACUUUGAUCACCAUGUCGCUCGUCACCUUUGCAGCUCCAUUCUUACCUGGAGGUCCUGUAGGCAGGGGUGAUGCACACCCCAAGACUGCCAACUUAAAGGCAGCUUUUGAAAAGAAGACCUUCCCCGGAUCAAUCAAUCUAAUGUUCCAUCGGACCCCUGAUAGCCAAGUUGAUGAUGUCAUGCCUAUAAGUAAAGGUCCCAACAUGCUCACCAACAACGAAGUGCAGCUGUGGCUUGAAGACAUCAAUUCCAAGCGAUACACCCUAUUCAAGGUCACUGGUAAAAAAGGAGAGGCCAAAAAUCGGAAGUACAAAGGGGACGCUGGGCUGACCAAAGAAGAACUAGGUCUUGAAGAUUCUCUUUUGAAUCAAAAAGAAUCUAUUUUAUGUCCAUGA